AUGGCGCUUCAAAACGACGUUGAAGCGUGCGAGAAAGACUUGCAGAAGGUUACGGGCUCUCAGCACUCCCAACACAGCAAUGCGCCAGAGAAUUACGACACCACAGCCGUUCGCUCCCUGGUCUGGAAACAGGAUCUUCGCAUCAUCCCCCUCACAGCAGGAAUCUACCUCCUCUGCUUCCUCGACAGAUCAAACAUCGGCAAUGCCAAAACCCUCAAUGCCAACGCCGGAGAAUCCCUCCUGCAAGAAGCCAACAUGACAAACUACCAGUACACCAUUGCGCUCAUGGUCUUUCUCGUUGCUUACGCCGUGUUCGAAGUACCCAGCAACUAUUUCCUGAAGAAAUUGAAACCGAGUCGCUGGAUCGCUUUUCUCAUGUUUGGUUGGGGCGCGUGCACUAUUGGACUCGGGGGCGCGAAUAACUAUGCGACCGUUACCGCUGUGCGGUUCUUGCUGGCGAGUGCGACGCUCGCGGGUGCUUUUGGAGGCGCGAUUGCGUAUGGCGUUGGGCAUAUGAAGCAGGUCCAGGGCCUUUCCGCAUGGAGGUGGCUAUUCAUCCUCGAAGGCAUUCCUUCCUGCGUCUCAUCAGUAGCCGUGUGGCUCUUCCUACCCGACUAUCCCGAGGAAGCUUCUUGGUUAUCAACAUCCGAACGUGAGCUAGCAGUCGCGCGGCUCGAGAAAGAAGGAUCAAAAGGCGACGCGCCGUCGUUAAACUGGGAAACCGCAAAGGCUACCCUACUUGAUGGCCGACUUUGGGUGCACUACAUUAUCUACUUCGGCAUCUCUGCGCCGUUCAGCUCGCUUUCGCUCUUCACUCCGACGAUUACUGCAGGGCUGGGCUACGAGAAUCUCCAGGCACAACUCAUGACAGUGCCACCGUACGCCGUCGCGUACGUGGUUUCCAUCGUCACGGCUUGGUCAUCGGACUACUUCAACGCCCGCGCAUUGCACUCAGCUGUCCUGGCUACCAUUGGAGCGAUUGGUUUUCUGGCAUCGGCCCUUCUUCCGGCUGAAUCUUUCCAUGCGCGCUAUGGAUGUCUGAUUGUUGCAGCCAGUGGCGCUUUCUCUUGUAUUCCCCCGCUGCUUGGCUGGUUGAGCAACAACAUGCACAGCACCGCCGCUGCAGGGUUAGCCAUUGCAUUGAAUGUCUCAUGGGGGGCCCCAGGUCAGAUUGUGGGUGUUUGGAUCUACAAGGCGAACGAGAAGGAGCGAGGGUACCCUACUGGCCAUUGGACUAACUUUGGAAUGUUGGUUAUGGUUGCUGUUGGCUGUGUUGGGUUGAGGUUUUACUACCAGUGGCGAAACAAGAGAUUGCAACGCUUGGGACCGGAUGCGACGGGAAUGGACAGAGAGUUCAGUUAUUGA